AAUCACAGCUUAGGACAGACGCUCGUGUAAAUAUGCAAUGAAAUCAGGAUAGAACGCGUAGCUCGAUUUCUUGCCCAGAAAAUAUAUAUAUAAAAAUAUCAGACUGACGAGCGGCGCCGUUAGCAGCGUUUUUCCACGGAGAGGAGAGCCCUUUCCUAUUUUCUCCUUGAUAGAAGACAAUGGAGACAGAAAUUGAACAGCAGGACGAAGAUACCACAUUCAGCAACACUGACACCAACGGUAAACGCCCUGCUGAGGACAUGGAUGAGGAACAAGCCUUUAAACGUUCUCGUAACACAGACGAGAUGGUGGAGCUGAGAGUGCUGCUGCAGAGCAAAAAUGCAGGUGCAGUGAUUGGAAAAGGUGGCAAGAACAUUAAAGCACUUCGGACCGAUUACAAUGCCAGUGUAUCAGUCCCAGACAGCAGUGGCCCAGAGCGCAUCUUGAGCGUGAGUGCAGAUAUCGAGACAAUCGGCGAGAUUCUCCUGAAGAUCAUCCCUACUCUUGAGGAGUACCAGCACUACAAUGGUAUAGACUUUGAUUGCGAGCUGCGCCUGCUGAUUCAUCAGAGUUUAGCCGGAGGCAUUAUUGGUGUCAAAGGCGCCAAGAUUAAGGAGUUAAGAGAGAAUACCCAGACGACCAUUAAACUCUUCCAAGAGUGCUGCCCUCAUUCCACAGACCGUGUGGUUUUAGUGGGAGGAAAACCUCAGCGAGUGGUGGAGUGCAUUAAGGUCAUCCUAGAACUGACGUCAGAGGCUCCUAUCAAAGGCCGUGCUCAGCCCUACGACCCGAAUUUUUAUGACGAGACCUACGACUACGGUGGCUUCACCAUGAUGUUUGAGGAGAGAGGGCGAAGGCCCAUGGGAGGGUUCCCAAUGCGUGGACGUGGCGGUUUUGACCGGAUGCCCCCCAGUCGUGGCGGACGUCCCAUGCCCCCCUCUAGGCGCGAUUAUGAUGAUAUGAGUCCUCGCCGUGGACCUCCUCCACCUCCGUUAGGAAGAGGAGGCCGAGGCGGGAGCCGGGCCCGAAAUCUGCCUCUUCCUCCACCACCUCCUCCUAGAGGAGGAGGCGACCGGUUUUCCCAUCAUCAUGGCGGUCUAGACGACAGACCGAGUGACAGAAGAGGAAGACCUGGAGAUCGCUAUGAAAGCAUGGGUGGAGGUGGAUAUGACAAUAACUCUUCUUGGGAACCCUUCCAGUCUGGUGGACGAGGUUCCUACGGCGACAUCGGCGGCCCCGUCAUCACAACACAAGUGACUAUACCCAAAGACCUGGCCGGCUCGAUCAUCGGGAAAGGUGGUCAGCGCAUUAAGCAGAUCCGUCACGAAUCCGGAGCCUCCAUCAAAAUCGACGAGCCUCUGGAGGGUUCGGAGGAUCGUAUCAUCACCAUCACAGGAACGCAGGACCAGAUUCAGAACGCUCAGUAUCUUCUGCAGAACAGUGUGAAGCAGUACUCGGGUCGGUUCUUCUAGAGGACGGCGAGCAAAGGCACGCACUGCCCUACCCCUUUCCCUUCCGCUUUUUUUUCUGAGUCUACAUUCCUCUGCCUCUUCAGUAGAUGUGUCCCCUGCCGUUCUCCUCCUUUUAACACCUUAAAGGAAAGAUUUUUUUUUCCCCUUAUAAAGGUUGAAAGAAGGAUCUCAGAAUUAGCCGAAUGACCAGAUCAUGAUUCUUUUCCUUCUUUUUCCCUGUGCUUUGGAUUUUUUUUUUUGGGGGGGGAUUCUUGUAAUGUUCUGUGAUUAGCAGAGCCUGUGUAAUAUUCACAUUUAGCUUGAGCAGAGCUGCAUGCCUGGUUUGUCUAACAAUUCAGAUUGUAAUCUUCAGUAAUUCUUUUUUGUCUUUGACUGGUUCAAUUCCCUUUUUGUCAUUUCUUUAAAAAAAAAAAGAAAAGGAAA